UCCGGGUGGGAAAAAGAAAGUGGAAUUUCCCAACAUUUGUUGAUAUUUAGCGAUUUCUACGCUUGCACAAAGUAACUUAACUAACAAAUAAGACAAUACAAUGGGGAAAAGUAUUAUAAUCACGUACAUAUUGUGGUUUUUGGGAGGAUACUUCGGGUUACACCACUUUUAUCUUAGAAGAGACAGACAUGCAUUUGUUUGGUAUGCUACAUGGGGUGGCGUAUUUGGAAUAGGAUGGUUGAGAGACUUACUAAAAAUUCCUGAAUAUGUUCAAGCUGUUAACCAGGACAAUGAAUAUAUGUCAGAGUUGACACAGAUCAUGCGCAUCAAAAGGCGUUCAAGUUUUAGCACGUUACGCUUCGCUGGAGAACUAAUUUUGGGUUACCUCUUUGGGUUCUGUUUCCGUCUUGCAUUUCCCGAAGAACUGUUCAGCAAGGAAAGCAUCUUCAGGAUACCACUAGAAUUUAUUGUUCCAUUGGCAAUCGCUAUUGGUGUACACACAGUAGCUAAUAUAGGCCAUGAUAAGUGUUCAAUGAAAUGGCCCCUCAUUGGAGCGUAUAUUACAUUUCCUAUUCUCCUGUAUGGAGCUGAAUAUAUGCUAUACACUGUCCUCGCCAGUGCCAUUGCCGCCAACUGGAAAGGGCGAGAAUGGCGGAGAACAUAUCCUGAAAAAUCGCACGUUUGUAAACGAUUUUUAAUUCUGGCUUUGUGCUGUACAUUAUACACAAGUACAUGGAUGAGUAUGUUCUAUAACAAUGUGUAUGUGACUAAUGAAAUGGGGGAAAAGAUUCGAGUGAAAGAUGCUCUGAAACAUUUUUUCAAUUCCCCAGCUUGGAAACAGACAAAAGAGAGUCUGCAUGAUGUUUGGGAAUAUUAUCAGCAACAUGGCUGGGAGAAGAUGUAUGAAAAAAUAGUUGAGCAGCUAGAUCCCCUUGGGGAGGAAAAUGCGUACAAGGUGCUUGGGUUAGAGAGGGGGGCUGACCAGAAGGAGAUAAGACGUCGUUAUAAAGACCUUGCUCGUGAAUUGCAUCCAGAUAAAGUUAAAGAUCCGAAAGAGAAAGAAGCUGCACAGGAAAAGUUCAUGGAAAUCCAGCAAGCUUAUGAGACAUUAUCAGAUCUUAAGGAACGUAGAAGUCGCAAGAGUGGUAAACAUAAAUAUGCAGAGUCAAGAACAGAAUUCUAGUGUUCGAACAAACAUAUUGACAUUGUUUAUCAUCAAAGUUUUUACAUAGUGUUCAUUUCAUUCCAUCAAACCCUUGUAUUUCUCUCCAUUCUCCAUAAGACUGGUGAAUGCUAAAUUGACAAAAAGGGGAUAAGAAGAGCUGUCUCGCAAUCUUCUUUUGACUGGCAUUGACAGAUUUGGUAAUAUUGUACCAUUAUGUUCAUCUCCCAACUAAAUGUUUCAUUUUGAAAAGAUCGCAAAAGAAUGCUGGGAGCAAAUCCUUCUUUGGAGCUUGGGAGAUGAUCAGAGAUUUGGUGAAAGACUAAAAGCUUUAAUUUUUUUACACACAAAGCUUAUUAUAACAAUUGUUAAUAAGAUGUUCAGAAUCAUGCUUAUUGAACUUGUGGUGUCAGGUCACUAAUAUUAACUAACUUGAAAAGCGGCACAUCACAAGCGACAGUGGCAAUUGAGGUGCUGACUUGCUUAUUUUUAUUUGCCUAUCUGAUAUUACUACUAUUUAACAUUUAAUCAAGUAUUACUGUUUAUUACAUUAUCUCUAAGAAAACAUAUUUUUUUGCUCUCUAAGAUAUCCAAGAUAUCGCAAUAUUGUUAUAUUAUAUCCCCAUCUUUAUCGAGAGUCAAGUCCAUAUUUUUCAUUUUAAAUGGAUCAGCUGAAGGACCAAACAUUAGGGCCAUCAUGAAAUAAGGGGGACAUUUAUUCAAGAACUUUCUCAGAGGAGUAUCACAAACAAUAUACAUGUACAUGUAAUACAUGUAAUAGUAUACAAUUUUGUCUUGAUCAUGGAUAUAUGCACAAAUAUGACCACUCAACUCACAAGGCGUAUUGCUUUUUAUUUUUAUUAAUCAUGUUUUAUUAUGUCACCACCAAAAAG